GGGCAGUGUGACGCGUGACCUCACUUGAAAGCGAUAGAGUAUAUAUGGAAAUCUCGAUUAUCGCUGUCCCUCCACCUCAACAACCACAACUGACUUUCGAUGCAGCCAGAUUCUGCGUCCGCUCAGGACGAGGUUUCUUCUUAUAAUGCUCCUUCAAGACCUCCUCCAGUUCCUAUAUCAUCACAGAGACCAGCACCACGUCUGCCACCUUCUUCGGGUGGUGCUCCCCGUAACACUUUAAGUGGUCUCCUGUCAAACAGAGGAGGAAAUGCUCCAAUACCCCCUUCAUUGCAGGCAAAAAUGACAGCAAUGUUGAAUCGCGGAUCACCUGCGUCACCCGGUUCGGCCUCUUUCUCCAUCGAUUCCGCAGCACAGGCCCUGCAGCGCACUUCCAUAAACGAAUCGAGUCACCCCAUUAUACAGCCUUCUCACUCAUUUCCUGCUUCGCCAGGCUCGUCAUUGGCUGCUACACGCGCUCGCGGGCGCGAUGCAGCUGCUCCUGCUGCGGGUAGACGCAAUAAGCCAGGUUUUAAAUUAUCCGACAUGAACCCUGAUACAGGAGGCGGUGCUAUCGGAGCAGGGCUUGGAGCAGGACGUCCAUCUCUAGCUGAAGCCAGGAGAGGACCCUCAUCAUUUGACACUCCGUUUGCAAAUUUCAACAAGAUCGUCGAUCCUUCCGGACGCCUCAACUUUGCCGGGAAAGCCGUUAUCCAUGCUUCGGGUGUCGAUUUCUCCAAUGGAUCAUCUUUUGCUAUAAAUAUGGAACAGCUCGUUCUCGAGCAGGAACUGGGCCGUGGUAACUAUGGCACAGUCAAGAAGGUUCUACAUCGACCGACAAACGUCGAAAUGGCUAUGAAGGAAAUUCGCCUCGAGCUAGACUCCACUAAGCUCAAUGGAAUACUGAUGGAGUUGGACAUCCUGCACCGCGCCAUAAGCUCAUACAUUGUAGAAUUCUAUGGCGCCUUCUUCGUGGAAUCGUGCGUGUACUACUGCAUGGAGUACAUGGAUGGUGGUUCGCUGGCUUCUUUGUGUUGCUUUCCGAAUGGUAAUGUUUCUCUGCCGCCAAGUUUAUCUUCCAGCCCGGGCUCUGCAUGGACGUCUAGCCCUCCUCCACUUGCCGAUGAGCACCUCUGCCGCAUCGCUUCAUCCAUGACGCAUGGACUAGAAUUCCUCAAGAGUGAACUUGGGGUCAUGCACAGGGACGUCAAACCCACGAACGUCCUUGUGAAUUCCAAGGGCGAAGUGAAGCUUUGCGACUUCGGUGUCAGUGGACAGCUGGAGAAGAGCAUUGCGAAAACAAAUGUCGGUUGUCAAAGUUACAUGGCUCCUGAGAGAAUCAAGGGUUCUUCACCUUCUGGAUCUAAUAUGGAAGAUGCCUUCACUUCAUACACGGUCAGUGCGGAUGUAUGGUCCCUGGGCCUGUCGAUCGUUGAAAUCGCGCGAGGAAGAUACCCAUACCCUCCGGAAACCUACGAGAAUGUAUUUGCGCAACUAAGUGCCAUAGUGGAUGGCGAAGCACCUGGACUGCCAGAAGAUGAGGAAGUUGCAGACGAAGAAGUCGAUCUUCGUACUACAGAUAAUGCGUUAUAUGGCGCAUCGCCAGGACAGUCCAGUCUCAUACGCAAGGGCAAGCGAAGAUGGUCUCCAGAAGCGCGUGACUGGGUUCGACGGUGCCUCAUCAAGAAUGCGGAUGAGCGAGCCACUUACAAGGAGUUGCUUGAACAUCCAUGGAUGCAGACUGACACACACCGAGGUGUUGACAUGGUGGGUUGGGUAGCAAAGGCGAUUGAAUGGCGGGAUCGAGGAGGGCGAUGAGCAGGUAACACACAUUUACAGUGGCCGUUGUACCCUGGUGCCACGUACCCCUAUCUGCUUUUUCGUCGCGCAUUGUCUUCUUUCCACAUAGAUGCUCAGUACUCAACGCACACCGCCAUCGCUUUACCCAUCAUCCUCUUUGCUCACAUGUAUUAUUCACAUUCACUCACACUCGCCCUUUGACGCUGGUCGUUGAUAUACCCUAAUCCCCUUGCUGUACAUGUGUUGACGUUGUCCAUUAUUCCUCAUUCUCUUGGGAUCGCAGUGGGCCAUUAUAUUGUUUUGUUUUGCGGGCAUGUAGCUUUAGUUUUGACUUGCAAUUAAUGGGGGUGUGUCGGUUG